AUGCUUGGAUAUUCGCUGUGCAAAAAGCUCGGUUUGGACGAACUGUCUGGAGGCGCUGCGGGUAUCAGCAAAGCAUUGCUCGCUGAAUUCAUUGGUAAUUUGCUGCUGAAUUUAUUCGGUUGCGGAGCAUGCAUCAACGUGGCACAAGGAGUGGACGCAGCGCCUAACAUCGUCCUCGUAGCGCUCGCUUUCGGUCUAGCGGUCUUCGCCAUUGUUUCAGCUAUAGGGCAUGUAUCGGGAGGUCACGUGAACCCAGCAGUGACCGCCGGCAUGGCAGCCACUGGUAAAAUAAAACCAGUGCGGGGUGUGUUAUACGUGAUAGCUCAAUGUGCGGGAGCGGCCGCUGGUUCCGGCCUACUGAAGGCCUUCACCCCCGACCCUGUCGCGGGAAAUCUCGGCAUCACAGGACUGGGGAAGAACGUGACGCAGCUACAGGGCUUCGGAAUUGAAUUCUUCCUUGGAUUCGUGCUCGUGUUCGUUGUUUGUGGGGUGUGCGAUGCUAACAAACCAGACAGCAAGUCCACCGCUCCGCUUGCUAUUGGCCUAACAGUGACUCUAGGUCACUUGCUCGCUGUGGACUACACUGGGUCAGCUAUGAACCCAGCUCGCUCCUUCGGCUCCGCACUCGUAGCCAGCAACUGGUCUGACCACUGGGUGUACUGGGCCGGUCCGGUAGCGGGUGGCGUGGCAGCAGCGCUGCUGUAUGUACACGGGUUCUCCGCACCCCCCACUGAAGCGCCCUCCCCCCGCUAUCGACCCGUCGCCGGUGACGAAAAGGAGUUGAAGCGCCUCGACGGCAAGAACGAUGACAUGGCCUGAAGACGAUCCCCGCGGCGGCGCCUGCGCGCCCCCUCCCCCCUCUCCGUCCCCCGCGACACCCGCCCCGCCGCGCUCGCCCCGCCACUAGACCCGCACUACCGGCGAUACGUCUGACACACUCAAGUAAUAAACGACUUAACCUAC